CACAUACAUACAAGUAUACAACUACACUUAAAGCCAACCCCAAGCCCGAUUGAGAGGUCGUCCGGCCCGGUGGGCCCACCUCCUCAACCAACCCAUGUGGCCCCCACCCAAACCCUUCUCCUUAUAUAUAUACACACAUUUCAUUUUUUCAAAUAUGAACUCACAGCUCACAACACAUUCCACUUGACAAACAAAAAUCACACACAACAGAAAAAAAUAAAAAAGAAAAGAAAAGAAAGUUCUUGCUAGUUCAACACUUGACCUUCACAUUCCAAAGAACCCAGAAAAAAAAUGGCUUUCUCAGCAACUCAAUACUAUGCAACCCCUUCAAAAUUCCCCCACAACUUACCCAAAAUACCACUUUCCCCCCCAAAUCCCUUCACCCACCCCAAACAACCACACAUCACUCUUCCCCACCACAAGCCUCUCUACAUCUCCACCGCGGCCGCCCGUCUCGGAAAACCCUCCGGCGGCCCUCCGGCCCACUGCCAGGCCUACGAAGCCGGGCAGCCGGUGCCCGUCACCAUCGAGCUCGACCGUGAGCGGAUCAAAAUCGGGCUCUACUUCGCGGCAUGGUGGGCCCUCAACGUCGUCUUCAACGUCUACAACAAAAAGGUCCUCAACGCCUUCCCUUUCCCCUGGCUCACCUCCACCUUAUCCCUAGCCGCCGGCUCGUUGCUCAUGCUCGUCUCGUGGGCCGCCCGGCUAGCCGAGGCACCCGAAACCGACCUCGACUUUUGGAAAACUCUAUUUCCUGUUGCGGUGGCGCAUACGAUCGGACACGUGGCGGCGACGGUUAGCAUGUCGAAAGUCGCGGUGUCGUUCACGCACAUUAUCAAGAGUGGGGAGCCGGCUUUUAGUGUCUUGGUGUCGAGAUUUUUGCUCGGGGAAACUUUUCCGACUUCAGUGUACCUCUCCUUGCUGCCGAUAAUCGGAGGUUGCGUGCUUUCUGCCGCAACCGAGCUCAAUUUCAACCUCACGGGUUUCAUGGGGGCAAUGGUGUCGAAUCUGGCGUUUGUAUUCCGAAACAUAUUCUCGAAAAGAGGAAUGAGUAAAGGGAGAUCGGUGGGUGGGAUGAACUACUAUGCUUGCCUCUCAAUGAUGUCCCUUUUGAUACUCACUCCUUUUGCUAUAGCUGUGGAGGGACCUCAGUUGUGGGCUGUUGGCUGGCAAAAAGCAGUCUCUCAAAUUGGUCCCAACUUCAUAUGGUGGGUCGUGGCGCAGAGUGUGUUUUACCACUUAUACAACCAAGUAUCAUACAUGUCUCUAAACGAGAUAUCUCCGUUGACGUUUAGCAUUGGCAACACGAUGAAGAGAAUCUCGGUUAUUGUUGCGUCUAUCAUUAUCUUCAACACUCCUUUACAGCCGAUCAAUGCACUUGGUGCGGCCAUUGCAAUCUCUGGCACUUUCCUUUAUUCUCAGGCUAAGCAGUAAUUCGGAGGUGCACUUUCGUAUAACACGCAAAGCCUUAAGCAAAUGCAGACGUUUAUGUUUUGACAGUACUAACUUUAUUCGACUUCCGAGUACAAAUAUGAAAAUACGUGAUAUUAUUCAGCUACAUUUCUACAGAUUUACAACAUCUUGUUGGACAUAGCAAAUGUAAUUUGCUUGUCUUAUCUUGUUAGUUUUGCUGGGUUUGAAGCGAUUUCUUUGUUGAUUGGUUUAUGGCUAAUGUAUAUGAGUUAUCAAUGUUAAAUUGAGAGUAUUAUUAGUCUUUCAUAUUCAGUUUUCUGUGCAAUUAACACUUUAUCAUAAAUAUAAUACCUGAUAUUCAUAAUUAAUAGUGAUACUUCCCUCAAUUAAAAAAUUAAUAUGAACAUAUAAUCGUUAUUGCUCGUUCGCAGACCUCAACUUCAUCGAGUACUGAAUGUGAGUACUGAAUGUUAAGAACAUGUCCAAACUCUAUUUUUCACAAGUACAUUUCUAUUUAAUGUAAC